GGAUUUAUGGGUAAAACAAUAGAGAGAGAGAGAGAGGAAGCAGAAAGAAUGGGGUUCGUGCUGAGGGUGAGAUUCGCGUCUUUCUUCACCGGAGCAGCGGUGGCGUCGGCAAUCGGACUUUACGUUCUCCACAAUGAUUACAAGACCGCCCAUCAUGCUCUCUCAACGCAGAUGAAUGGUGUCUACGAAUCUCUAAAUGGACGUAUUUCAGCAUUAGAAAAGGUGAAAGCAGUGGAGGCAACAAAACAAGUGGAAGCUGCUGAGUAGACUGCCCCAUGCAUUCCAUUUCUAAAUUUUCUUGAUCUUUAUUUUCCCGCAUUUAUGGGAUCCAAAGAGUAUUCAUAAAUGAAAUCGUAGUUCAUCAUCCUUACGGUUGCUGCUCUAGAGGAAUUGCAAUUGUUCUGAGCUUUGCUCUGGGCUUGUUAAUAAAUUCACCCAUCGUUUGGAAGUACUUACACAGUAUCUCAAUCUUAGGAACAUAUGAAUCUUACCAACAUGAUGAAGUAUUGAAUUUUAAAUUUUUAGGCA